UCGCUUCUUGUCUAGGAUUGUUGUAGGGUCAGCUAAUUACGUCGAUCACUUCGUAUUGAGGAUUUCCCGAAUGGACGGGACCAUCAUCAAUUAAUCCAUCGUACAAACAACGUACCGCUAUGACUGAUGCCACGCAUGAACUUCUGGAGAUGGUGUAUUUUGGGGCGGAAUAUUCCUCAGUGGCGGUCUGGCUUUGUAUAUAUAAGAGAGGAUAGAUAACUAGACAAAGUUUCUCUUUCCUUCUAAGCAUCAAACAAGCAAAUCAAGAUCAGAUCUUGGGUCAUAUCAUAUCUCACGCAAACAAGACUUCUAGUCAGCAACUACUAAUACACACCACAUAACUCAAUCUUCAACUUAAUAUCUAAUCUACCAAACCUUCACCGCUUACAAACCAUCAAAAUGCCUUCCCUAAAGACCCUCUUGACCAGCGCCAUCGCGGCCGCCCUCCCGCUCAGCGCCUCAGCCUACAUAUCCAACCUCCAAGCCCCCGAGUCUGCCAAAGCCGGUACCAACAUCACCGCGACUCUAACAGCAAGCGACUACAUCCAGAACUGGGAUGACUUCGGCAUCGUAUGGGGUUUAGCACCCGCUAAGAUGGACUGCGGCGACAUUGUCUGCGUGGGCCAGCGCAUUUCCUACACCCAAAUAUUCCCGGACAACGUGCCUGCUUUGGGUCAAUUCACAGUCGAGGUCCCGAUCCCGGAUACCUUUUCUGCUGGUGAAUGGAAGCUAUGGGCUGCAAUCCCGUAUCUCGUUGGUGCUUCUGGUGAGGUUAUGGUCCAAGGCCAUAGCGCCAACCUGACCAUCGAGGCAUAAAGCCGUCUAGCGGAUGCUAGCGUGGAGUUGGGUGUCAAGUUCCUUUCUAACAACAUGCAUGGAUUGGUUUUGGGAAAAACAUAUUCACAUUCAUCACGAUCCUGCGAGAAUCAUUGAUAUAAUAGCAUAGCAUGCAUAUACAGGCGCAUAGCGCAUAUCGAGGCGUUCGAGGAUAAUUAUUAUAAAGGCGACGACGAUUUGAA